AUGGUGGACUCUGCCUCUACUGCUUUGGGGGAUCGUGCUUCCUACUCAUACACCCUACUCUACCGGCCUGGCAAGCACAUGGGCCACGCGGACACAUUGAGCCGCUGUCCCCUGCCCCAGCUUGUCUCGGACCCGGCUUCCACCAUUUGCCUUAUUGAUGAUCUGCGCCUGCCGCUAUCCGUGGCUGACAUUGUGCAGUCCUCCCUUGAGGACCCUGUCCUCCAUAGGGAGGAAGAUGAUUUGUUUAUUGAAGCUGAGGUACAGACAUCUAAUGUGGAAAUUCCAGAAGGAAAUAGAUGGCGGUGGUCACGACUACAUAAAGAAGUUGAGUUGCAAACUUCGAUUAUUUCAAUACCAAUUGUAGAAGCAGAAUCAUCAUCUGAGGCUGAUGUUCAGAUCCAGACUACAUUUUCAAGCAUACCUGUAGAAACUAAUGCUCGUGCACAAACUUCAUUUGUCCCCCUGCGGAGCACAACCCCAGUUGAUACUGAUGCCCAAAUCCAAACUUCAUUCGCAGAAUUAAGAAGACUCUGUGAUGCUGAAGCUCAUGUGCGAAGAUUGCUUCUUUCUUUACCAGAAGAAAACAAAGUGCAGGUGCAAACAUCUUUGUUAUCGUUACAUGGAGAAACGGAAGCGCAGGUGCAAACUUCGCUGAUAACGGUACCUGAAGAAAAGGAAGCCCAGGUGCAAACGUCGCUGUCUUCUUUACCUGAAGAAAAAGAGGUCCAGGUGCAAACAUCGCUGCUGUAUUUACCUGAAGAAAAAGAGGCCCAGGUGCAAACAUCACUGUCGUCUUUACCUGAAGAAAAGGAAACCCAGGUGCAAACAUCACUGCUGUCAUUACCAGAAAGAAUGGAGGCUCAAGUACAGACAUCACUAUUGUCGCUACCUGAAGAAAAGGAAGUCGAGGUGCAAACCUCAUUUACUUCCAUAUUAGAUAGGGAGCCUGCAGAAUUUUUGUCAGAGUUUAUCCAGACCCAACCUUUGUAUCUAGAAUUGUUAGAGAAGAUUGCAUCUUUGCCAAUAUUAGUUGAGGCUAAAGUGCAGACUUCACCUACUGAUUUGCGCAUUCCUUCACAGGCAGACAUACAAGUACAGACUUCAUUUUCAGAUUAUAUGUUAGAAAAGGAGGAUGCAUCCUCUAUUGUGAAUGAGCUCCAGAAUGAGCUCCAGAAUAAGUUGUCAUUUUCCCAGUCAUCACUGAUGAAACCAAGCAACUUAUACCCUGCAUAUAUUAAUGCUGAAGUCCAGACUUUACCUGUGGAAGCACCUCCUGGGAAUGAUUGGCGUACUGCUCGAUUGAAUGCUGAAGCCCAGGUUCAGACCUCAUUUACUUCAGUGAUAGAGUCACCUGAAUUCCAGAUACAGCCAUCAGAGCUUGAAUUAGAAAAAAAAGAGUGGGGAGCUCCUUUGCUCACAGAAAAGAAAUCUCUCCCAUUUCAAUUGACUGAAGCUUCUGCACAGACAUCUGACACUUUGAUUCGGCAGUGGGACAAGUGGCGUUUAUUACACCCACAAGCUAGUGUACAGGUCCAAACCUCAGCUAUUGAAUUGUUAAAGAAGCUUUCUUUACUAGCACAGCUUGAGACCAUGGAACCAUUUUCUGAUGCUGAACUUCUAAAGAAAAUUUCUUCACUAUCAGUGGCUGAACCCCAGUUGCAAACGUCAAGUCAUGAACUAAUGCGGAAGGCUUCCUCUUGGUCAGAUAUUGAAACCCAAGACAGAAUUUUCAGUGAUGAGCAUUUGAAGAAGCGUCCCUUUUCAGCACAAGAGUUACCAACCUCAGACUAUGAAUCUGCAACACCAUCAUUCAAAAAAGAAGCUCAAGUGCAAACAUCCGAUUUGGAACUAAUGAAAAAGCUCUCUUCUUUGUCACAGACCAAACUCCAGGAGCAGUUCUCCUCUUUAUCUUUGGUUGAGGCUGAGGAUGAAAACCAAGAGAUAACAGAAGGAAAGGAGUACCUUAUUACCCCACAAGUAAUAGAAGCUCAGAUUCGAAAAUGGUAUCAAGAGCUUCCAGAAUUUCAAACAUCAACUUCCCAGACUCCUUUCCAAAAAGACCAUCUUUGGUCUCCAGGAGUUGACAAUGAGGUACAAACAUCAGAUGUUGAAAUUCCAUUUGGAAAUAGGUGGCGGGCAUCGCGCCUGCAAGCUGAAACUCAAACUCAAACUCCAGGACUUGAAUUGACCACAGAAGAAAUAGAAUCUCUUUCUCCAAAACAAUCAGAACCUCGGAGACAAGCAUCCUUGCUUGAAAUAUGGCAAGCAAGAGACUUAGCUGAUGCCCGGAUGCAUACUUCAGUAUCAGACUCACCCAAGACAGUGGACUUAACUCCUCCAUUAGUAGUUGAUAGUGAGGCACAAACAUCACUGUUUGACAUCUGGAAAGUAAAAGAACAAAUGGAUGCUCAAGUGCAAACUUCUGCAAGUGAAUUGUCAAAGCAAGGAAUUACAUCUCCUUCUGCAGAACACGUAGACAAUUUGACUCAGACCUCUUUUAUUGAUAUAUGGAAAGCUAAAGAAUUAGUUAACAUGCAGCAGCAGACAUCUGAAACUAAAUUAGAGGAAGCAAAAGUGGCACAUUCUCAGCAGCUGAAAUCUGAUUUUGAAAUGCAGACAUCUUUGACAGAUAUAUGGAGGAAAAAAGAACAACUGGACACCCAAGCACAAACUUCCUUUGUUGAUAUACUAGAGGGAAAGGAAGAAUGCUCUCUUGUAUCUCAGACUGGUGACGCUCAAGUGCAAACAUCAGAAGCUGAUAUUCCUUCAAAUUUGCAUGCUGACUUUCAGCAGCAGACUUCACUUGAACUAGAUGUGUCAGCCCCACCAUCACAAAUGGAUAUCCUGCCACAAGCCUCUCUACUUGACCUAUGGAAAGCAAAAGAAGAGGCUCAUCUAGUGUCACAAAUGGAUGCUCAGAUGCAGACCUCAGAUGCUGACAUGGCUCAGGAAGAUUUGUGGCCUCCAUUUCAUAGGUAUGCGGAUGUUCAGCAACAGACCUCACUUGAACUAGAAGAGGCAAAAAUUGAAGCACCACAAACGGACACCCAAGUACAAACCUCUCUCCUUGACAUAUGGAAAGCAAAGGAACUGAAUCAUGCACAGUUGCAAACAUCUUGGAUUGAUUUGCCAGGAUCUGCAGAAAAAAUUUCUAUCCCCUCUGAAUCUGAGAUCCCAGUUCACCCAUCCCUGGUUGUAAAGGCAGAAUCUCUUCCUCCAGGCCAAGUCACUACCCAAGUGCAGACCUCCUCUGACGAUAUAUGGAAGACAAAAAAUCUAACAGACACUGAAAUUCAAACUUCCCUAUCCUAUUUGACACCAACUACUGAGGUAUUCCCUGCCUCACAACAGACUGAAAACUUAAAACAAUCAUCUACUCCUGAAAUAUUGAAGGUGACAGAGCCAGUGGAAGACCAAAUAAAAACCACUAUGACUGAAUUUCCAGAUAUCAGUGCUAAAAUCUUCCUAACUGAUAAGCAUGCUCCAGAGGACCUUCCAAAUGCCCAGAAACAAUCUCCUGGGAGCCCUCUACUAAGCUCCCCAUCAGUCAUAGAUGAGUCAUCCACCCAAUCACAUAUGGAUGCAUCGCAUGAUCUUUCACACACAGAGGUGUCUUCUCUAUUGCACAUGGAGUUACCUCUUGUUCCAUCACACAUGGCGGUGCAGUCCAUCGACAUCGAGGAAACUGGGAUCCAAUGGGAAAUGGCGGAAUAUUAUAGAAAUUUCCCUCAGUCUAUGGACCAAUCAGGCUGUGACAAAACCCAUGCGUAA